UGCAGUGAGGUGUUUUUUUUUUGGUACCCGUACGCGACAGGUGGAGUACUAUGUCGUUCUCCAUGUGUGCGGACAGAUGCGUUUUUUCUCGUUAUAGAAUCGUUUAUUUGUGAGAGAAAAUACAGAGAUGGAACGUGGUACCAGAUUGUGUUUGUUUGUGUAAGACCGAUGAUGGGAUUUCGUAAUUUGGGGAGUGAUAGCGAGGCCUUUAUUUAUCUAUUUCACAUGAUGCUGAUAUACCUAGUUAUAGCUGGGUGUCUGUUUAAGCUCUUAUUACACGAUGUGCAAUGGAAUAUUUUUAUUAGGUUGUUUUGAUUAGGAUGUGUGCCAGUGAUGAUCAGCUUUCAAUAUUUGUUUGUGCAAUAAUAUAUUCGCUGUAGGAUAUUAUGGAUCCAGAAAACGUUGGCAAGGAAGCAGUUGUGCGGGUGUCAAACUGGCUGCGAGGGAUUUGGGAAAUGCGCCGUCGCACAAGUCCAGUUCAGCAAUGGGUUGACUCUCUGCCAUCGCCUGCUAAGUCCACAGCUUCAAGCUUAGGAUCCAUUAUCAGACAGCAAAGUGUCUCCGUUGACUCUGAAUCUGCUUCUAUUCCCGAGUGCACCGUUGAACAAGCUUACAGCGAGAAGGAAAACUUUAUCAGCCAUUCGAACAUGACUGUCUCUACGCCUAUCACAGUUCCUAGUUCACCUGCAAUUACGUAUCAUGGCCGUAAUGUAUCCAGGCUGGCGCGAGACCCGAGCUUCCAGUCGGACAGCAGCCACUGCAGCAGCGUCGAGAGUCUGCUGGAGCUUCGUCGAGCUGAUCCGGAGGCCGUGUUGCUGAGCCUCGGUUUCGGCGGUUGCGCCGGUAGUCCCCAGGAAAAUGGACCUCUGUCGCGGAUUCCCAAGCGAUUUUUGCAACCCUCGAGGCUCAAAGGCAUCGCCAUCAACGACUUUGUCAGACACCAGCAGGAGGCCAGCGAGAGCCUCGACUCGACGUCGCUCGGUUAUCGGGGACUCACUGGUUCGCCUUAUGUAGCUCCGUCGGAAAUCGUGCAGAAGAUCAUGCAGCGUCUACGGGAGCACGAGUCCCACGAGUUCGACGCCUACGCCUCGUACAACAACAACGCGGAGCCCUACAUGCUACCUCAGCAACAAGAAGGCCGGCUAUCGGUUCUCUCACCCGACAACCGCCAGUUUCUCGAGAGGCCCAGGUCUAAGAGCCCCGAUAUGCGCAACAAACGGAUGAUCAUCGGUCAGAGAUCGUUUGCCUUCGGCCGAGAUGGAGACCUGAUAGAGAUCAACCCCAGAAGUACGCAGUCGUCCGUAGAGAGCGAUGACGUGUUCGUCUACCUAGACGACCUAAGCCCCGACACGCCGAGUACCAUGAAUCAAUUGGGACCAACCGUUUAUAGCGAGAACUUUGAGACUAGCAAUUACCCGAAAGAGCCGAACAACUCUUUCCUGCACAAGCACAAUAAGCCUAGGCUGAUCGACCUAAGAAGUAAUCCCAGCAAAGAGAACCGAGACUCGAUCGAGACGGUGAUUCCCGUAAAUAUAAAUAACAAUUACCUAAGCACUGCGACCAUAAAUGUGGCCACCGACAAGAACCAUAAUGAGUCGAGUGAAGCGGCCAGUCCCCGUCGUGCGAGCGAAGGUUCGAAUGCCAAGUCUUCCCUUCAGGACCAGGAGGAGGGCCGGAGACACAGCGACACCGUUAUGCAUUCCAUGAAGAAGAGCGACGAUGAGUUAUGCAGGAAACGAAACCUCAGGCGCCAAGCGAAGUUCCGAGACGAGGACACCGUCGCCGAAGUAGAGGAGGAUGUCUCGAGCAGAGCCACAAGUCUGAGACUGUCGGAUGAGUCACCGAGGUGUUCGCACUGUGGUAAGCCUGAACGAAGCCACGACGACGAGGAAGAGGCUGGAGUCUCCUGCUGCUACAAGGGCACUAGCCAAAAUUGCUGGCGAGAGAUGGAGAAGGUCCUGCAGAAGAACAAGAAGUUGGAGGACGUGGUCAACAAAAGCCGCAGAGAAAUGGCAGAGAUCAGAGAUAUGCUCAGCAGUGUUUUGUCGGUCAGAAUGGAGCCCGGAUUUUGAGGAUAGCUCAAACAAGCCAAGUGCGAACGUAAUUGUUUGGCUGUGCCCGAUCGACGGAAAUGAUUUGAAAAGUACAUUCAAUUUUUGUACAUGAGCACGGCUGGAUUUGUUUGGACUUACACUCGUAGGACUUUAGUUUCGUUCUUUUUUACUUUGCCUCAUAUUGAGAUCCAAUGAGAAUGAUGAAUUGGCCGUUGUAGGGUUGAUUUGCAAAAUGCAGUAACUAGCACAUCCGCACGUGUAUAUAAUCCAACAGUGAUGAUAUACGCCGAUGUCAAUUUGAGAACAGUCUCAAAGACUUAAAAAAAAUGCUCGACAACCAGAAAUAUUGAGUUAUCUGUUUAUGGGAUUAAAAUUAUACAUACGUAGAGAGACGUAGAGAGCUUAUCUGAAAUAGUUUAUAAAAGUACUUCUGAAAAGUAAACUAUAGGCGUACCUGGUCUGAUAAAUUGUAUUUUUAAGUGAAACUGUGAAUUUCAAUAGUCACUUAAGAAAAGUCAUAGAGACUUUGAAAAAGAAUCUUUACACUGUAACACUUUAAUCCACUAUUUUUUUUAACUCUAGAGAAAAACUAUACCUUUUUAUAGUGUGAAUAUUUUUUUUUAACUUUUACAAAAAGCACUAAUGUUAACGUUCAAUUUUAUUGAGUUUAGUAAUAACAUUUUAUUUCUAUCUCGUGUUGCAUAAUAUUUACCUUUAACCACGCGGAAAAUAAUUCAAUUAUUUUGUAUAUUUUGUUACGUUUAACCAUUAUAAGAGGUUGACUCAUUAUGCGUAUGUAUUUAAUAUAUUUAUAUAUACAACUAAGAUCGUGACUACGAUUUCAUCAGGGUAUAUUACGUACUACAGUCUAUAUUAUUACUCUACACCACAAAUUUAUCUGGCCUUAUUAGAAAAUUAGUUGACAAUAAAAUAUGUAUUUUGAAACGUUCUUAUACUACAAUCUGUAUCCUGCGUAACCGAAAGAUAGAUUAAUUCAAACAAGUUUGUACCAUAAUCACGCAGACAAUCAAAUAAUACUAGUUAGGUCACGUAACGAGUACAAAUUUUACGAACACUAUAGAUAUUUCUAUAAUGCACGAAGAUUAUUUACUCCUACAGUUCCUGCAAUGUAAUCUCAAUAACUAAAAAACAUCAAAGCUGUCUUGUUAAUUACCACAUUGUAUAUACAUUUUAAAAUUGUAUUAAUUAUUAGAUCGAAACAAAGAUGUAUUUUUCGUCUUUGAGUAGAAAAUAAAAUAAACAUUCUUUGAGCCAUUA